CCAAUCCGGAAAACAGGUCUUUUGAUCUACAGCAACUUCACAUUUAUCAUUUGUUGAAUACUCUGGCCCCCAACGACGCCACGCCGACCAUGUUCGCUCGAAGCAUUCUGCUUUUGGUAGUGUUACUGCGCUCAGUUGCCUCCUCGUUCCCAGAGCCAUCAAAUUUGUGGUCACGUGUCGGGCGUUCGCCUCGCGACAUCGCCAUCAACUUGCACAUUGCACUGAGGCAAAGCCGAUUCAACGAGCUCGAAGAACAUCUGUUACAGGUUUCGGAUCCAACACAUGGUCGAUAUGGCCAGCAUUUGACCGCAAGUGAAGUCCAUGACCUGGUUCGACCUUCAGAAAAUGCCGUCGCUGCAGUACAAGAGUGGCUUGGUAGUUAUGGGAUUGAAAUGAGAAAGCUGUCCUACAGCCCUGCCCGUGAUUGGAUUUCAGUGAUGCUUCCUAUCCACGAAGCAGAACGUCUUCUCCAAACAGAAUACUCCGUGUAUCAGCAUAAAGGCGGCAAAACCGUAGUACGAGCGCCUGAUUGGUCUCUUCCGCAGAGCCUGGCAGAGUUCGUGGACGACAUUCAGCCAACAACAUCCUUCUUCCGUGCUCUCCCGCGGCAGGAAUCCACACCUUUCGCUAAUGGCAUCUUUGAUGAACCAUCAUUAGUAUCCCGAGACGACAGCACUGAGCCUGACGCAGUCAGCCAAGUUUGCAAUUCGAGCGCGAUCACCCCCCAAUGUUUACGUACGCUCUACGGAACCAACGACUACGAGCCCCAAAAGCCCCCGGGGAACCGCAUGGCUCUAACAAACUUCCACGGCGAAACCAACAACCGUUCAGACACGAAACUCUUCCUACAAGCACACCGGCCCGACGCCGUAGAUGAAGCAUAUAGAUUCAAAGACGAAGCAGUCGCCGGCGGAGAGAAUAGCCAGGAGCCAGCUACAGAUCGAAAAGGUCGCGAGGGAAACCUCGACGCUCAAGUUAUGCUGGGGAUCGGGUUCCCGACGCCUCUUGUCACAUACACCACAGGCGAUGUCCAGCCACCGUUCGAUCCGGACACCUUCACGCCGGCAAACACCAACGAGCCGUUCUUGACGUGGCUGCAGUACCUACUGGCCCAACCGGAUCCGUUACCGCAGGUCAUCAGCAUCAGCUAUGGCGACAUUGAGCAAACAGUGCCUCGCGCCUACGCGACACGAGUAUGCCGCUCCUUCGCCCAACUCGGCGCGCGCGGCGUCAGCGUCAUCUUCGGCGCCGGCGACUCGGGCGUCGGCCGCGCGGGCGCGUGCACCGCAAACGACGGUUCCGGCCGGCGCGAGUUCUUGUCCGUAUUCCCCGAGGCGUGUCCGUAUGGGACUUCGGUGGGGGCGACGCGCGGCGUCGGGCCCGAAGUCGUCGCGUACAACAACAACAACGGCUUCGUCACAGGCGGUGGUUUUAGCCGCUAUUUUUCCCGCCCGAGGUGGCAGGACGAGGCUGUUGGGGCGUACGUGAAGGGGCUUGAGGGCCUGCAUGAUGGGUUGUUCAAUCGGGGAGGACGUGGCUAUCCGGACGUUGCCGCGCAGGGGUAUCGCUUUGUUACUGUCUGGAAUGCUACCACCGAGCUGGUCGACGGUACGAGCGCUUCGGCUCCCACCUUCGCAGCUGUCGUCGCUUUGGUGAACGAUGCGCUGCUCGCUAGCGGAAACCCACCUAUGGGGUUUCUGAAUCCGUGGCUGUAUUCGCGGGGGUUUCAGGCUUUUACGGAUAUCGUAGACGGAUCAAACAAGGGCUGCAACACGAGCGGGUUUCCUGCGAAGCCGGGUUGGGAUGCCGCUAGUGGCUUUGGUACUCCUUGGUUUCCGAAAGUCAAGUCGCUCGCCCUACAAAACCAGUUCCGUGAGCAACGGCCAUGGUAUGUUCUCUAAGGCGUCUGGUAAAGAGCCAUCAGG